AAACUCCAACCAUAUAUAGAGAGAGAAAAGGAAUCAAUAAGUUAUAUAUCCAUCCAUGGCUUCGAAAAUUGUAAUGAUCGUUGUCUUGAUUUUCGAUCUUAUAGCUUUCGGUUUGGCUGUUGCUGCCGAACAGAGGAGAAGCACCGGCAUAUCGACGGCAGAUGCCGAAGAUGACUACAACUACUGCGUUUACGACUCCGAUAUCGCAACCGGAUAUGGUGUCGGUGCACUUUUGUUCCUCAUGGCGAGUCAAGCGCUUAUAAUGGUGGCAAGCAAAUGCUUCUGCUGUGGGAAUCCACUUAAACCUGGCGGCUCGAGGGCUUGUGCUCUUCUUCUUUUCCUCGUUUGUUGGGUGACAUUUAUCAUAGCGGAGAUUUGUUUGUUGGCCGGUUCGGUGAGGAAUGCGUACCACACAAAGUACAGGACGAGGUUCUUCGAGAAUCCACCGUCUUGUGAGACGGUGAGAAAGGGUGUUUUUGCAGCGGGGGCGGCUUUCGUUUUCUUGACUGGCUUAAUAUCUGAGUUCUAUUAUGUGAGUUUUUCGUCGUCUAACGCUAGGGGAAAUUUCGGUUCUUAUGGAGGAGGAGAAGCAGGAGUUGGCAUGGCAGCUUACAAGUGAUCGAUCGAUUGAUUUUUAACCCGAGUUUUGUACUAUUUUAAUGUUCGUACGGACUUACUUAUGUCUUUGAAAUAAUUCACAUUAUAUGUAAUUAAAUAGAGUUGCAAUGUAUUUCUCCGUGUGUGUUUAUAUUGCAGACCUUUGACCAAGAAAUAAACAUGCUAAUACAGGGGCAGUAGCAAAGUGUAUGUAACAGAAUUAUAAUUCAAGUUGACAUAUAUACUAUUUUGAGUGACUGCGGUUA